CUUAAAAAUGGCGAAAAAACCGGGUGCAGCUCAAGCUUUACAUAAGGUGAUAAUGGUUGGGAGUGGAGGUGUUGGUAAAUCGGCUUUGACAUUACAAUUUAUGUAUGAUGAGUUUGUAGAAGACUAUGAGCCAACGAAAGCUGAUUCAUACAGAAAAAAAGUUGUGCUAGACGGCGAGGAAGUACAAAUAGAUAUUUUAGAUACUGCAGGACAAGAAGACUACGCGGCAAUCAGAGAUAAUUAUUUUAGAAGCGGUGAAGGAUUCUUGUGUGUUUUUUCAAUCACUGAAGACGACAGUUUUCAAGCUACUCAAGAAUUUAGAGAACAGAUUCUCCGAGUUAAAAAUGAUGAAAACAUUCCUUUUUUAUUAGUAGGAAACAAAAGUGAUCUUCAAGAAAAGAGAAAAGUUAGUCUAGCUGAAGCUCAAGGAAGAUCUCAACAGUGGGGUGUACCUUACGUAGAAACGAGCGCUAAAACUCGGGAAAAUGUAUUUUUUGACUUGAUGCGUGAAAUAAGAUCGCGUAAAAUAGAAGACAAAUCAGCGAGUAACGGUCGAGGCAAGGAUCGUGCCAAAAGGAAGAAAAAGAAAUGCACUAUCCUA